ACACGUGAUCGCCACUGAACGACUACACAAUUACACAUCCCAACGUCCUUUGCGUGUGUACGAUUAGAUCGGAGAACGGGAGCGAUGAGUCGCAAGGGUGAGGGCGAGGAGCGUCGGCGGAGCCACAAGAGAGGGGCCCAAAGCCCGGACGACGAGGCCGGUAGCUGCAGCUGGGACAAGGCAGAUCUCGGCAAUGAGGAGCGGAAACAGAAAUUCCUGAGACUUAUGGGGGCCGCAAAGAGAGAACACACGGGGCGUCUCAUCAUUGGAGACCACAAAUCCACCUCUCACUUCAGGUCAGGAGACGAAGAUCGCAAAAUGAACGAUGAACUGGAGCAUCAGUUCCAGCAGGGCAUGGACAGCAGCAUGUCUGGGAGAAACCGGCGCCACUGCGGCCUCGGAUUCAACGAGCCUGCGGGUACAGAAGAAAAGCCGCCUUCUCCAGAAAGCUGCCCCGGAGCAGAGAACCAGCCGGAUUCAGGUGACAGCGCCAGCGACUCCGAGAGUCAGCCGGCAGGGAAGACCGCCAACCACAGUGCCGCUGCAGCAGAAACCACCGAGCACAAAGCCGCCACCAUACAGAGCAAUAAUGACAGCUCCUCUGAAAAGAAAGCCAAGUGCAACUACAAAAUGCAGUUUGUCAAGUCCAGCGGAUUAUAACCCCCUUUAUUGUGGGGAGUCCUGGUUUGGGACAUUAGAAGGAAGCAUGGACCCCCAAUGUGGUUUACACUGGAUGUCCUGAGCCAUGAAGAGGGGGAGAGUGAUAUAUAUUCUGCCGCUUGCCCUCCGCACUCCUGUGACCCCCCCCCCCCCCCCCAACACGCUCAUGUCUCUUCCCAUAGGGUUCCUGUGGAUCACUGACUGGUCGGCUUUCCGGCAGCAAUGAGGGCAAUUUUAGCGGGUUUCAUUUUUGUACAUUUUCCUUUAUUUGGAUAUUUUCUUUUUCUUGUUUUGUGAAAUAAACCUAAAUCAAGGCCGCA